AUGGCGGCGCUUCAGAGGGUGAAGUGCUACGCAUCUUUGACUUUCUCAGAGAGGUGGGAUGUGGGCGCUUCGAUGGUGCGGUUGCCACUCUGGCGUCUGAGGUUUCUGGCCCAUGUAGUGACAAAGAUGGUACUGCUGCCGUUGGGGCAUCCAACGAUGCUACCACUGGUGUACAUUCACUUAAAUGUUUCUCAAGACUCGCUGAAUGGGAGGUUGGCGUCGAAGUACGCGCUUUAUAUUUCACAAGUUUUGGAUACUGAGGGAUUGGCGGGACUUUCGUUUGGAUAUUUUGGUUCAAUGCGUCGCUAUGCAGGGAUAGAGGGAGGGAGGUGUCUCGACUCCAUAUUCGCUUUGUGGAGUAUUGCGGAACGGUAA